CACGCGCUUUCCCCAUUUAUAAUCAGUAGCUUCGUGCGGAAGCUUUUCUGCGAUCCGAAAUUGUUUUCCGUGCUUUGGAAAUCGUAACCCUAAAUUUCACUCAAACCCUUCCUCUAGAUUCCACUCAAAAUCUCCGCUUGGAACUUCGAAGUUUUGCUCUCUAAAUCGAUGGCGACUAAACCUCUUACAAGUGAGGCAAUUGCUAUUACAGAGAAGAAAAUGGACAUGGCAUUAGAAGACAUUAUCAAACUAUCUAAAAACACCAAAACUAAACCUAAAAAGCAGCGUAGAGCUCCGAACAAAAAUCAGAAAUCGUCAAAUAAUCUUCCUCAAGAUAAAUCAAUGAAGGUGAAACGUUUUAUGGACACAAGAUCCUCACUUAGACAGGGGUUUUUAGCUCAGAGAAGGUCAAAUUUCCAGGGGAACCAUUUUCCUCUGGCAACUGAGGUUGCAAGAAAGGCUGCAGCUGCUCCACUUCGUAAUAGAGCUUUCGGUCGUAACAGGGUGGCUAAUUGGAAUAAAGCAAGGAUUGGUGCUCCACCGGUCCAGAGGAGGGCUGCAAAUGGAGACUUUGCUGCAAAGUCACCCAGGCGGCAACAGCAGCAGCAAGCGAAUGCAGUGCUCAAGCCGAGAUCUCAAACGCUGGACUCUCUGUUUGCAAACAUGAAGGAGCAGAGGAUGAGGAUCAUGUCACGCCAGAAUAAUGCUCCGCCACGGAAUGUAGGUGGCUCGAGAAUACCACCAUGGGCAAGAGGUCGAGUGGGCAACUAAUUCAAUCUAGUGUGCCAGUUAGAAUGGGUAUCUUGGUGGAAGGACAAGUUCCAGUGAUCAUGUAUAUUUGGUCUGCUUGCAUAACCCAGUUGAUACAAGAGUUGGAGUUAGCCGAGAGUGUACCCAAAUGCAGAAUCUAGGGCUUCUCUCUUUUUCAAGUUAUUUUUAUUUUCAUUUUCUACUCUCUUUUUAAAGUUGGUUCCUUUUCACUGUCAAUGUAUAGCACUUCUACGGUUUGUUGAUGGUAAUCCAUGCUUUUGUUUUUUUGCA